AUGAGCCUGCUCUGCAUAUUUCUUGUCUUCUUGUAUGUUCUUUGCUAUUUCAUGUCCCAGUUCCAGUUUCAUUUUCUCUUUUGGUCUUUAACAUUUUCAAAUCCUUUUAGGUAUUAUCUCCAUCUUCACAAUCACUUAUUGCAAAGUAUAAAACACCCAUUUUAUUUUUUUUGGUUGAAAAAUGUUUUAUGGCGGAAGGAAAGCAUCAAGAUCUCGCUCUCAUUACUCAUUAUUGCUCCACAUUAUGUUUUUUUCUUUUUCCUUUUUAUGCUUAAUGGUUCGAAUGAUCACAGUCUCACAUUGCCGCAUUUGCACUGAAUAAUGCGAGCUUUUGACUCUCCAACGAUAUUGCAUCUCACAUUUCUCCAUUUCACGUAUUCUCUGCUCAAUAUUUUACUAUGAAGUUUGGCUCUCAACAAAGUGAUUUGGUGUCGUCCCAUGAGCAAAGUGUAAAUGGAAGUUUCAGAAAGUUUACAUCUGGUUUUGUGCGAAAUGAUUUAGACUCUUCUCCGGGGCAGAGCUUAGAUGGAAGUUUCAGAAAAUCCAACUCUGUUAUCUCUACCCAUUCUGUGUCUGGAGUUUCAUCUUCAAGCAAGUAUUUUCAAACUUCAAGAAGAGUCUACAAAGGGCUGAAGGACUUUGGAAGGGAAUUCAUAGACCAGGAGCUAUUUAACCAGAGUCUUGAUGAUUGGAUUUUGGAAAACUAUGGUGUGGAUCAAGUCACAGGGGAGCAGCCAUUUUUAAAGCCCCCCUUUCUGACUGAUGAACUACGCAAGCUUGAUCUAGCAUUGGAAGGGGUUUUAUUUCAGCAACUAUUCCGAAUGCCAUGUUCUCCUCUUGCUUCUAAAAGUGUAAAGGAAGAUGGGUAUCAUGCUUUGGAAGACUUUCUUCAUGUUAUUGUAAAUGGUCUGUGGCGUACAUUUUGGCGUAAAAGUGGACCACUGCCAUUCUCUCUAUGUUGUUUCCAUCAUCCUGGAUCUAAGUUUUAUGCUGUUGAGAAAGCAAUAUCAAGAGGAAGGUUAGAAGAGCUACGCGGUUUAGCUUUAAUAUCUAAAAAUGGGAAUAAUCUAAAAGUUCAUUGGAACCAAGUAGUGGAGUUAGUCUUAUUUAGACAAAACAUACUCUCAGGAAAUGAGUUAAAAUUGUCCGUUAGCACCAUAUGUGAAGCCCUCUUUUAUGGUGUUCACAUACUUAUUUCUAGGUGUCUGAGCAAGUCCAGAACCAUCAGCGAUGAUUCUGUUUUUAUUAUGGUUUUUGAUUCUAAAUUUGGUGCAGUGAUAAAACUUGGAGGUGAUCUUAGUAAACUAGAAUUGAACACAGGUGAUCCGUACCAGUCUGUGGCCCAUUGGAUAAAAUGUCAUGCUGAAGUCCUCCUCUCAUCAGUAGAGACAAUAUGGAAUAGGCUUGGAAAUGCAAAUUGGGGAGAUCUUGGGACUCUUCAAGUAUUGUUAGCUGCUUUCUAUUCCAUUGUCCAGUGUAAUGGACCACCAAGAAAGUCAAUAUCCUCAUUGGCCUCAGCUCAUAGCCUUCGUCUUCAGAAGCGUAGAAUAGAAUGCCGCCUAGCUGAGAAUGAAAAUGCCAAAAUACCUUAUCAACAGGAUGGCUACCAACAUGGAGAGAUUGUUGAACUUGAUCACAGUGAUAAUCCCCUGGUAAAAAAUACAUCACACUUGAAGCUUAGGCAGGGAGAAAUAUUGCUCUUGGAGGAUCAACAACAGGGCCAGAAAAGUUUCCAGAUACAGGAGUCCUUCAUAGGAGGCAACUAUUUUCUCUAUGGCGCUAUUUCUCUAGAUUACCCCACACAGUUGUUAACAUUGUAUGUUGGUGCCCAUCCAUCCAGACUCGAGCCCUCUUGGGAGGAUAUGAGUCUGUGGUAUCAAGUACAAAGACAAACAAAGGUACUAAACAUAUUGAAGCAUCAAGGGGUUUCAAGCAAAUAUUUACCUGAAGUAAUUGCCUCUGGCCGAAUUUUGCAUCCUGGUCCUUGCAAAAAGCAGAGUCCUAGUGGGCGAUGCGAUCAUCCUUGGUGCGGAACUCCAAUUCUUGUCACGUUACCAGUUGGCGAACCACUUUCAUAUAUAGUUGCUAGGGACGGCCCAUUUUCCUCUGAUGAUGCAUUACGCUGCUGCCGGGACUGCCUAGUUGCUCUAAGAAGUGCAGCAACAGCCAGUGUUCAGCAUGGUGAUAUUUCCCCUGAAAAUAUAAUCCGUGUUUUCAACAUGCAAGGUACUAGACACAAAGUUCUGUAUAUCCCAGUUUCUUGGGGGCGUGCAGUUCUGGAAGACAGGGACAGCCCAGCAAUAAAUUUGCAGUUCUCGUCCUCUCAUGCACUUCAGCAUGGUAAACUCUGUCCUGCAUCUGAUGCUGAGAGCCUUGUGUACCUCCUAUUCUUUGUGACAGGGGGCAGAAUGCAUCCACAGGAUUCUAUUGAAUCAGCUUUGCAAUGGAGGGAGAAAAGCUGGGCAACACGAUCGAUUCAGCAGCAUCUUGGUGAAGUUUCGCCUUUACUUAAGGCCUUUAGUGAUUAUGUGGAUAGCCUUUGUGGAACACCAUACCCUGUUGAUUAUGAUAUUUGGGUGAAAAGGCUUAACAGAGCCGUGGACGGAUCUGGGUCAGCUGAUAGAGGUAAAAUGAUCGAAGAAGUUGCCAUGACAUUGAGACUGGAAAAUGUGGCCGAGUCUUCAGGGACCUCUGGAGGUGGUACUUAAUUUCCAUUUCAUGCUGGAGGACCGGAGUUCUAAGGAAACGUUUUGUUUUGUUUUUCCUCUUUUGUAACUAUCCUUGGUUGAGAUUCAAUUUAUUUUAUUUUAUUUUUUAAAUGGCCUGGCAAAAGCUAUAUAUUGUCAAUAUUAUUCCUGUUGUUAAAACUCAGACACGUGAGAGCGAAUUAAUUCAUUACUUUUAAGAGUGGCAAGGAUUAAUUCAUCACAA